AUGGAGAAAGCGGUUCACAUACCCGCGGUUGCCAAGGACAUACCUGCCAUGGAUUUGAAAUAUUCUGAGUGCAAGAAGUCCCUUGCUGUCGAACGCGAUGCGGAAAAUGCUGAGCCGGCGCGCGGCAACUGGACGGGCCGGUUCGACUUCCUGCUAUCACUGUUGGGCUACAGCGUGGGCUUGGGAAACGUAUGGCGGUUCCCGUACCUUUGCUACAACAAUGGAGGAGGUGCUUUCUUGAUUCCCUUCACGGUAAUGCUGAUAAUCGCCGGUCUACCGCUGAUGUUUAUGGAGUUGUCCUUCGGCCAGUACGCCGCUCUGGGCCCUGUCGCCGUGUACAACAGAUUCUGCCCCCUCUUCCGCGGUCUUGGUUACGGAAUGGUCAUAGUUUCAAGUAUAGUCAUGCUCUACUACAACCUGAUAAUAGCAUGGACCAUCUACUACAUGGCCGUGUCAUUCGCAAGCAUAUUCUAUCAACUACCGUGGCAGAACUGCAACGCUGAGUGGAGCACUAAAUAUUGUUAUUCGUACGAGGAGGCGGACGAAUGUGAAGCGAAGAAUGGCACUUAUUACUUGCGAGAAUGCCUCAAUCAAAGUUACGUAGCCCUCAAGAACAUUAGCGCCCUCGCGGAAGUUGCGGUUAGGAAACCCCCCGCCGAGGAAUAUUUCACAAACAAAGUCCUGGGCUUAUCCUCGGGGAUUGAAGAAACAGGUCAAAUACGUUGGGGUAUGGCGCUGUGUCUCUUUGCGGCGUGGUUAAUCGUAUUUCUUUGUCUUUGCAAAGGAGUCCAAUCUUCGGGAAAGGUCGUCUAUUUCACCGCUCUGUUUCCUUAUGUGGUUCUCGUAAUCUUAUUUUUUCGGGGCGUCACUUUGCCGGGGGCCUCAACUGGAAUUCUUUUCUACCUCACACCUGAUUUUAGCCAACUGGCGAAUGCACAGGUCUGGGGGGACGCGGCUGUUCAGAUAUUCUUCGCUCUGAGCCCAGCCUGGGGAGGAUUGAUAACUUUGUCAUCGUACAAUAAGUUCUCCAACAACUGUUACAUCGACUCGCUGAUCGUGGCCGUGUCGAACAUAGCGACGUCGUUCUUCGCCGGCCUCGUGAUAUUCUCGGUGAUCGGUUUCCUGGCGCACGAGCUGAACGUCGGCGUGGACCGCGUGGUUGACCAGGGCGCCGGGCUGGCAUUCAUCGUGUACCCCGAGGUGGUCACCAGGCUGCCAGUGUCACCGCUCUGGUCGAUCUUGUUCUUCGUGAUGCUCCUCACACUUGGGCUCGACUCGCAGUUUGCACUAAUGGAGACGGUGACGACAGCAAUCUUGGAUCGUUUCCCCAAUUUCCGACAGAAGAAGGUGUGGGUUGUUUUGGUGGUGGCCAUUUUCGGAUACAUCGGCGGUCUUAUUUUUACCACCAACAGCGGGAUGUACUGGCUGCAGCUGAUGGACAAGUACGCGGCCAACUGGUCCGUGCUGAUAAUCGCGAUUGGCGAGUGCAUCCUCAUCGCGUGGAUCUACGGCGCGGAGAAGUUCUGCCACGACAUCCAGAGCAUGAUCGGGCGCCAGUCCAAGCUGUGGGUGGUGUUCUGGAGCGCCAUGUGGCGCGUCAUCACGCCCGCCGCUCUAGUGUUUAUCCUGGUUUUCAACUGGAUUGAGUACAAACCGGCUUCGUACGGUCACUACGUGUAUCCGAUGUGGGCGGACGCGGUGGGCUGGACAUUGGGCGUUCUUCCCGUGGUCGUGGUGGUGCUAAUGGCCGUAGACCAGAUCUGCAGCGGGCCCGACGAUCUCACCAUUAUGGAGAAGGCGCGCGUGCUCGCCCGCCCCACGGAGGAGUGGGGCCCCGCCGGCGUCUCGUGCAUGGCGCUGCGGACGGAGCCGGAGCUCUCGCCGCCCGUGCUGCUGCUCCACGGCCGCCCCGUGCUCAGGGAGCGCGGCGCC